UUCUGGUUUUUCUUGGAGUGAAGUCUGUGCCUGCCGACGCGCCUCUCCUGUGCAGCCCCCCUCAAGAAGAGCUUUUAAUGGAAGGAAACCUUGGAUUUUUUUUUUAAAACUGAGAAGGAUCUGCAUAACACAAGUGAAGUGAAUAACAGUGUACGACUGGAUUCUUCUUGCGUUUUCUCCUCUGGUGUCUAAAUGAAACAGAGAGGCAGAUAUAAGGUGAAGAGAAACGGUGCAGGUUCUGGACUGGGAGUGGAUCUGUCAGAGUGGUUUUGAGGUAAACACGUCUUCACAGAGCAGCUCAUUUUAACUUUUUUUUUUUUGUAUUUCUUCACAAAGUGGCGAGCUCGUCUCCUCUUCUUUUGCACAGCGGACUUCGCUUUUCUCGAAACGGGGAGAGUUUCAUGUUCCCCCUUCAGAGAAACUGCCUAAACUUUCUACGUUAAAAAAAAUAAAUAAAAAGAUCAGAUUGCAUUUCCCCCUUUCAAACAUUUUGGAGGUGAUGUCAUCGUGCUGUGUUUUGGCUGGUAUUGUGUCGAGAGGGCGCAGGGAGGACGACUGCAGCCAGGCGGUAACCAGCGGCUGAGGCGAGAGGGGAAGUCCGGAAAAUCAGGUGCAAAGUGCGGCUGUCAUUUCCUCGCUGUGUCGCGGGUGGCUGAGUCCGCCAUCCAGUCACAGCUGUUCGCAUCCUCUCCAGCCUCCCCUCCCUCCCUCUUCUUUCUUUCCACUUUAUUAUCCCCUCCCAUUCUCAUUCAGCACUCUCCAUUUACCCAUCUGAGCUGGACCGCUAUCACCCUCUCUGCCGGACAGUGUUGGUCGGUGUCACCUGAGCCACAGACCCGUUGAGCCAGCGUGGGGGGAGCAGACAUGAGAGAGGGCGCCUUGCAUUACCCUGCGCCCGCAGAGCCCCCGUCUCCAGCUCGCCAUUUACUCCAUCAGUCAGCCAAGGUAGUCCACAACCAACAGCUAGUGAGCCUGUUGUUCUGGGACUAAACCUGUCUGCGUGUGCCGGGACACAACCGCCUUCACUUUUGAGUCAUCCUUAUGGAGAUCGGAAGAUUGCUUUUGCUCUGAAACAUUACGCAUUGGAUUACGCAGGAGAUUACACUCGCACCGCAGCUGUCCACAGGGCCCAGCGUCACGCUGAGGGUCAACAAGGUCGAUUGGAGUUGGUUAUCUGUGAGGCGUGAGCGCGCUUUCACCUGUUCCUCUCCUUGUCGGGAACGCGCAGCGUUUAAAGCCAUAACCUUCCCCCUUUGCUCCCCCGCCCAUCUGUCUUCACCGGUCUGGACAGCUGUUAGAGGUUGCCCGGCGGUCACAGUGGCACACUUACCCUGGCUUUACACCCCAGCUUGCCCGCGCCCGCACAUUUACCCACGCCGGGGGAACCUGGGCACACCGCCGCCGAUGCCAACGGGAGUGCCUGACUUAUUAACUCUGCCCAACAUCCAGCGGAUUCCAAACACGCAGGGGAACUCUCCGGACUGUCGGACUGGCUCGUACCGAGCGAGGAGACUGUCUCUGGGCCAAGUUCCAUAGUGGAGGGGGGAAGCAAUGUGGUCCCUUCUUUCCACGCUGACCGUCUUAUGUAUCCAGAUGUUGCUGGUGAUGUGCAAUCCAUUACAGCAGGUGCUCGGUGUGGAUAGAGUCAACUUCAGUGUGCAUGUGGAGAACCAGACACAGGUGCGAGACACCAUGAGUCGACGACACCACCGGGUCUACCAGCUCUACAGCCGCACCAGCGGCAAACACGUCCAGGUGCUGGGCCGUAGAAUCAGCGCCAAGGGAGAAGAUGGAGACAAAUAUGCCCAGCUCGUAGUGGAGGCCGAUACCUUUGGUAGCCAGGUGAGAAUCAGGGGCAAAGAAACCAACUUUUACUUGUGCAUGAACCGCCGUGGCAAGCUGGUAGGAAAGAAGGCCAGUAAUCGAAGUGCUGACUGCGUCUUUGUGGAAAAGGUUCUGGAAAAUAAUUACACAGCUCUGAUGUCAGCACGCUACAUGGGCUGGUAUGUGGGCUUCACUAAGAGAGGGCGUCCUCGCCGUGGCCCCCACACACUCCCCAACCAGCAGGACGUGCACUUCAUGAAGCGCUUCCCACCUGGGGAGCAGCCUGACCUCACGACCCCCUUCCGCUUCACCACAGUCAGCAAGCGGGGCAAGAGGGUGCGCGCUACUGGGCCUCGCUAGUAGUGGCUAACGCUAGCACCCACUGUAUUUUCAUCGAAAGCCUUGACCUGAGCCUGCCAAUGGCUAACCCAGUCAUCUCUUCUAUCACACAUGAUUGAACAUCUCCCUUUGUUGGAACAAACAUUGACCAGAAACUUGAUGAAUCAUUCAUGGGGUUUAGCUUUACACCUACUAAUUUGCCACUACAGCCUCAUAGUUAGUGAUCAUUCCUCUCAGUUUUAGUUCCCUUACUGGCCCAACAGGACCAUUACUGGUCUGUGGCUGGAAAUGGACUGCUUCUGUCCAAAAUCUGGCCAGAAAUACUGACAGGAAACCUGAAGGGCAGCCAGUGUCCCAGGCUCUACAAAGGCCUUCAUUCCCCCACCACAAAAACCUUCACGUCUCCUGUUCUGGAUCAGCUGGACACUGUCAAGUAUGGGAUUACAACUGGACCAUACAGAGAGAACAAGGGUGGGAAAGACUGACUGAACAAGAGAGUGGGUGUUUAGCCUACGGAUAAAGGGAAAGCAAGAAGGUGAAGUCAGGAAGAGUGAACAAAGGGAUGAAGUGAUCUGCACGGAUCAUAUGGACCAAUAACUAUAGACUAUUGACAUGUGACGCACUUAUAUGUCUCACUGCUAAAGUGGUGGGAACCUGUGGGACUGCUGGACGAAUGGAGGGAUGGAUGACCAGAGGCUGAAUGAGGGAAUGAUCGAGUGAGCGACUUACUGAAUAAAUGCAUGUUUGUAAGUGGAAGAUGUGAAUAUGUGUGUGUGUGUGAGUGAGUGAGUGAGUGAGUGAGUAAUUGCACCAACAACCAUGAGUGAAGCUGGAUCACAGGAGACUCUGGAAAGGGACCAUGUAGUCCCUGCAUGAACUCGUGACAACUCCACUGCAGGGACUGAAGCUUUACAAACUGGAAUGUAUAAAAAUUAAGCUGCACCAAAUACAGUCAACCAAUCACAGCGAACCAAACCGACGACCAACCAAAGACAAAUGGAGACCAUCUUCAUGACUCCUCCCUAUGUCCCCACCACCACCACCACCACCAACCCAGGACACAACGCCCUCAGCUGAUAGCUGCAGAGGGUGACGAGCAAAGGGACAGGGAGGGUGCCUUUGCAAUUAGCAUUAUUGCUAUAGAAACGACCCAGGGGAUGAUGCUCCUGUGCGAUACCAUGGAUACAGAGUGCUGCUACCAGGACAUUCAGUGGAACAAACCAAAGUCUCAUGCAUACACACAGGAAAAAAAAAUAUUAAAGGGAACAAUUUAUUGAAAGUGAUAUA